AUGGUCACCUCAAUACCCAACGACAUCUUCCAGUUCGGCACAACCGCCGCCACAGCAGCCGGCUUCAACCAGGGCCAACCACGCACAGCCGACCUCACGUCCCACGGCACCGACGGCAUUGGAAGCUACGAAGACGGCAAGCUCAUGAUCCUGAACAACGGCGAAGCGUACGCCUUAUCGAGCGACAACAAGGCCGCACCAGCGCCCAUGGACGCCCGCCUCCCCUUCGCAAUGGUCACCAUCUUCCGCCCCACGUUCCGCAUGGAGGUACCGUCUCUCGACAUGGAGAGUCUAGACGACCUGCUCUCGAGCCCGAAACUAGCUCACGCCAGAGCCGUGAACACGCUAGCGCCGUUCAAGGUCGUGGGCAUGUUCAAGUCCGUUGAGUUCACCGAUGGCGGGGAGCAGCACCACAAGAAGGGCAUCGUUUUCGGCUUCGUGGUGCCGGCUUGGAUGAAGGGGAUUAGUGGGCCCAGGAUACAUGCGCAUUUCUUGGCUGAUUCGGGUGAGGUUGGUGGCAAGGUGGUUGAUUUUGAGACGGAGGUCGCAACCUUGAGCUUUGCUAAGACGGGGCGCUUUCAUUUGGGGUUCUCCCAGAGUCAGGAUUGGGAGGAUGUAAGACUGUGA